AUGCGAUGGACAUUGAUUUUGGUGUUUUGUAUUUUGCAUGUUCACAGUUUUCCCAAAAAGAAGACGCAGGUUUAUAUGGCCACCAUCGAUCUGGAUACUGAUCGGAAACGUCACGUAGAUCCAGAAGUUGUACUGGAUAUCGGGUCCCAGCUGCCACCAGUGAAAACGGUGAAGCGGAAUGUAACACAAGCACCAGAUUACGGAGACUAUGAAGAUUAUGAGUUGACAGCCAAGCCUGAUGAAGUUCCUACGACUAUUGGACCCUUGAGAAGGAUCAAUGAGAAGGAGCCGGCACUUCUUGAUUCUCAAUUCAAACCACAUAUCAAAAUAUCUAUGGAAAAUAAGAAAAAUAGUGCUGAGAUCCGAGACGAGGUUGCUCGUCUAAUGGGUGACCUUCAUCGAGAAGAACUCACACUCCGAACUACAGUAACCAAAGAGGACAUGACACCGUCAACUACUCCAGUUGACAUGAUGUUAUUGGGUAAUGAGACAAUGUUCUUCAGUGAUGAAGAGGGAUCUGGGGAAAUGGUUGAAGACGAACUUCUGAAUGUAAAAGCAGUGGGAGUGACCGCCCGUCCGGAUCCGUUUGAGCACUUGGAUUAUGAUUUGUCGGAUCAUAGCAAUCUAAAGAAACCAAAGACUAAUGUGAAAAAGACAGUGGAGAAGCAGAAAAAGUUUAAGCUCCACGGUGGUUUUGUUGGAGCUACUCAAACUGCAAACCUCGUCAGACCUACCCGACCUCUCCAAAAGUCCAUAAAUCGCCGUCCUCUUUUAGUCCGCCCCAAUGGAAAUAACCCGGAUCGGAGAAAAAAUCUUAGAAAAAUGAAGAAAAUCGAGAGAAUGCGUCGUGUCAAAUACCUGAACCAUCGAGUCCGCGCUCAGAAUCGAAUGCGUCUCCGAAAAGUUCUCUCGAAAAUGUUAUUCGGUCCACGGGAUUCUGAUGUGACAUCUUCAAAGCAGAAGUCCACAAAACUGAAAUUCGUCGGAUCCAAUGGAGUUGUAACUCCACAUCCGUUCUCAAGAAAGAAUAACAGGAAACCACAGAUUGAAUUCCACAAACGAGACAAACGAGCGGUUCCAGAGUUACAGGAGAUUGAUGAUUCUGGAACAGGUGCAGGGGGAGCAUGGGGAAAAGAUUCGAGUGAAGAUACAGUACCAAUCAAGAAGAGCAUCAUUGAGUCAAUUCAUUUCGAGCCCCAUCCCUAUUAUCAUUUGAGAGCACAACCUAUCGGAACUGAAGGGAGGACUCAAGUGGAGCCGAGUCGGUUGAUAAAUGAGGAUCCAAUUGAAGAAGAAGAUGACGUGGCACCGGAAAUCAAUCUUCGUGAUGCAUUACCUAUGAAAAGUGGACUCGUCCAAGUCACUCUAAAACAGCCGAGACGUCUCAAAAUGGUCACAUUGAAAUCAGUGAAAAAAGUGAGUAAGAAAGAGAAGAAUGCGAAUGGAGUGGCUCUGGUGGUACCUUCCGCUAAAAAGCCAACAAUGUUGGAAUUGCUGAUCGGUGAUUUUCUGCAAAGAAUACCGCCAACUGCUCGGAAUCCGUAUUUGAAUGAGGAGCAGUGGUCGUAG